AUGCCCCCACCGAGGCCGGUGGUACGGGGGGAGCUGAAGAAUUGCGUCUCAGCUGACGGAGAUGUGUGUGUUCAACGCCUCGCGGGCCGGGAGCAGCCAGUCUGGCAGGAGGGCUCAGCAGAAGCCGCAGCUCCGGGAAGACGGAGCGAAUCCAGCGCUCCCUCACAUGGCGUGCAGCGGGAGGGCCGUGGCGUCCGUGGUGUUGAUACGUCCUGGAAGAAGCCGUCAUUCCUGACCCCAGAAGACGCCAUAAGCCGCUACAAGCGUGUUCUUGAGGCGGUAAACAAGGGGAAUAAUAAAACGGUGGCUUACAGAGCGGUAGGAGUGGACCGCAAAACCAUUGCCGACACUGCAGGAAUUGCAGAACUGCAUGCCGUGAACCCGGGCAUCUACCAAGAUAUCCGGGGAACACUGAAGAAGGGGGAAACCCUUCUCCGUUUCUCGGAGAUGUGUAAAGCUGCCAUAAAGGACCAACAUUUAGAGUGGAAGGUCCAGGACUUGAAGACCAAUGGAGGACUAUUAUCCAUUAAUCCAAAGGGGAAGUGAGGAAGGAAUGGAUGUUUUUUUGGUUUGCACUUGUUUUUAGUUUUCUUUUAUAAAAAGUAUUUUUUA